CUUACACAAAGAGGUUCAAGCUGCGGUAGGAGUCGUGGCUAAGGGAGGUCUUCUAGUGUUACACACUCCUUUGAUAUCUCGGGCGGAAGAUAAGGCUAGCGAACAGAUGAUAAUUCACGCUCUGAGCAAUCAGAAGAGAACAGGAGCGAUAGAAUGGAGUAUGAGUAGCGUUGGGCCAUCCUCAG